AACUGCACACUCGUCCGCCUGCUUCCUCCAGGCUUUUUUCUCUCUCUCCCUAUUUAUAAAAACGUCACUUCAAGUCCCUCCCUUUUUGAAUCUCAUUAGUUUCUUGUGUGUUUCUCCCUGUCAAUAAUCCUGAAUCCAGACUCUCUCUAUUUCCAUCCCUCUCUAUCUGUCAAUCAGCGCCGCCUUUGAACUGAAAACCACUCCGACCAACUUCAACUCACUCAAUCCGAGCGGCUCAGCUCCAUCUCCGGCUUCUUUUUCUGCCAAGAUUCCCCUUCUUUUUUAGUUUGUACUAACCGCCAGUGCUUGGAAAACGCCAAUACAGACUCUAAACUUUAACUCGGAUUCUAGAUCACCAAGAUCAAGGGUUUAAAACUUUGUGUUUUUGCCCCCCAAAAUUGCUCGGGAAAAUGCCGCAGCUCAACGGCGGUGGAGGGGACGAUUUGGGUGCGAACGAUGAAAUGAUUUCCUUCAAAGACGAAGGGGAGCAGGAGGAAAAAAUUUCGGAGAAUUUAUCAGCAGAAAGGGAUUUAGCAGAUGUCAAAUCUUCUCUUGUAAAUGAAUCAGAAACAAAUCAAAACAGCUCGUCGGAUUCGGAGGCGGAAAGACGGCCUCCGCCUAGAUCUGAAACUUUCAGAGACAAAACAAGAGAAAGUUUAGAGGAGGCUGCGAAAAGGCAAGAUGGAGGGCUGUUCAAGAGCCCACCGUACCCGGGCUAUCCAUUUAUAAUGAUCCCCGAUCUUACAAGCCCGUACCUUCCGAAUGGAUCACUUUCUCCAACAGCUCGCACAUACCUACAGAUGAAAUGGCCCCUGCUCGAUGUUAACCACGGAAGUCUUCAAAGUAGACAAGCACUUAAAGAUGCCCGGUCCCCGUCACCGGCACACAUCGUUGGGCCCUUCUGCUUGGAAUUCCCCGGACAGUCAGAUCUGAGCCUUCACCAAUUUCAGUUGUCUAAUAAAGUCCCAGUGGUACAGCACCCUCACCACGUGCACCCGCUCACGCCUCUGAUCACCUACAGCAAUGAACACUUCACACCGGGCAACCCCCCUCCGCACCUACAGGGAGAUGUGGACCCCAAAACAGGAAUUCCAAGGCCUCCACAACACCCAGACAUAUCUCCCUAUUACCCUCUCUCACCUGGUGCUGUCGGCCAGAUCCCCCAUCCGCUAGGGUGGUUAGUACCACAGCAAGGUCAACCUGUUUACCAGGGUUUUAGGCACCCCUACCCGACUGCGCUCACUGUCAACGCAUCCAUGCAAAGUUUUCUGUCCUCCAGGUUCCCUCACCACAUGGUCCCCCCUCAUCACAGUUUGCACCAGACCGGCAUCCCCCACCCCGCCAUCGUCACGCCCAACGUCAAGCAAGAGUCCUCCCACAGCGACAUCGGCCUCAACAGCUCUACUAUACUGUACACACUCCACAGGAAACACCAGGACUCGAAAAAGGAGGACGAGAAGAAGAAGCAGCCCCACAUCAAGAAGCCGCUGAACGCCUUUAUGCUCUACAUGAAGGAGAUGAGGGCCAAGGUGGUGGCCGAGUGCACGUUGAAAGAGAGCGCCGCCAUCAACCAGAUACUGGGACGAAGGUGGCACGCCCUAACGCGAGAGGAGCAGGCGAAAUACUACGAGCUGGCCAGGAAAGAGCGACAGCUUCACAUGCAGCUCUACCCCGGCUGGUCUGCACGAGAUAACUAUGCGGCUAACCAACAGGGCAAGAAGAAGAAGAGGAAACGGGAUAAGCAGCCAGGAGAGGGCAAUGAACACAGAGAAUAUUUUCCAAACCCUUGCCUUUCACUCCCUCCGAUUACAGAUGCAAAUGCCCCAAAGAAGUGUCGUGCCUUGUUCGGGCUUGACCAGCUGAGUUUAUGGUGCAAACCAUGCAGGAGAAAAAAAAAGUGCAUUCGCUACAUCCAAGGUGAAGGUAGCUGUGCCAGUCCUCCCUCUUCGGACGGCAGCUUACUAGACUCCCCCCCAUCCUCCCCCUCCUCGGUGGCCCCCUCCCCCUCCUCGAAAGAGUCCAGACCUCAGACUGAACAAAUGCAACCUCUCUCACUGACUAUGAAACCGGCCCACCAGCCUCUCCACUACCCGCACCGGCACCUCCUGCCUGGGCAUCCUCCUCCGCCAUCUUUGGUUCUGCUGGGAAACUCUGCUGCUGCAGCGGGCAAAACGCCUGGCGCAGCCCACAACGGAGCGCGCGGCGACGUCUCGUCCUCGCGGCAGCCGUGCUCCUCGGGCGCCGCCCUGGCCAGGCCCUUGGCAGCAUCGCUGUGUCAUUCCCGCUCGCUACACCCCAACUCCACGGCCCCUCAGCCUCUGUCGCUCGUUACCAAGUCUAUAGAGUAGAUCCCUCCUUAUUCACUCCUUCCUUCCCCUUUUUCUAGCACUGCACCCUUCAUUCUUUUCUCUUUGUUUCGUUCAAUCUUUUUUUUCUGUUUCUGUGCCAUAAGGCUUUGAAAAUGUGUUUCUGUUUUAUCAAAGUUCACUGGUCAAUAUUUGACCCAUCAUUAUUGAAAAAAUAUAAAUAUUAUAAUGAAAUAAUAAUCCAAUGAGCUGUAGAGUAUGGCUUGGUGAAUCUGCCAAAAUUCUUCUGAACUUCUGUUCUCCUUAUUUUGUUCAACAGAAAAUGGUUAUUUAGUUCCACUUACACGUGUUUCAAUGACAGAUAUAAAACAAAUGGUAGAUUACAU